AUGGCGCAACCGAGUCGAGCUCGCGUUUAUGCCGAUUGCAAUACGCAUCGACCACGCGAAUACUACGACUACGAGCUGCACGUUGUUGAGUGGGGUAAUCAAGAUGAUUAUCAGAUCGUGCGUAAGCUCGGUCGUGGAAAAUACAGUGAAGUAUUCGAAGGUAUCAAUAUAACAAAUAACGAAAAAGUUGUUAUUAAAAUUCUCAAACCAGUUAAAAAGAAAAAAAUAAAGCGUGAAAUAAAAAUUUUGCAAAAUUUACGUGGUGGACCAAAUGUUAUUACACUACUUGAUAUUGUCAAAGAUCCUGUUUCAAGAACGCCCGCUCUUAUAUUUGAAAAUGUCAAUAAUACUGAUUUUAAACAACUUUAUCCUACACUUUCCGAUUAUGACAUUCGAUAUUAUAUGUACGAGUUACUUAAAGUACGUAUAUAG